AUGACCGGCAUUACUCGAACAGAUAUGGAUUGCUACACUUUGCUGCUGUUAGCUGGUCUGGUAAUAAGUACUGGAGCAUGGUCAGCACCCUUCCAUGCUGUGUACAGACCAGCUCGAAUCACCAGGUUCGCACCACUACCUCACAGAAUGCCAAUUCCAGUACAGCAACAGCGGCAAGAGAACUGGAAUCGGCCGAAGCGUGGCCACCGCGAUCACGACGAUGAAUAUGACCACGACCACGAUUACGACCACGGCCACAAAGACACUAGUGGUGUGACCGGCCCGGUUCAUACGUUCGUGAAAACGGAUAAAAAUGCUAAUUACAAAUGGGGCGUUAGGCACCACGUCGGGAACAAAUACGCGUCAUAG